UGCCAGUGCCUAUCAGUGCCACAUCAAUGCCACAUAUCAGUGCAUACCAUGUCAGUGCCACCUAUCAAUGCCAAUCAGUGCCACCUAUCAGUGCUGUCAAUCAGUGCCAGUCAGUGCCGCCUAUCAGUGCCAGUCAGUGCUGCCUAUCAGUGUGCAUCAGUGCCACCUAUCAGUGCCAGUAAGUGCCCCCUACCAGUGCCAGUCAGUGCCGCCUACCAGUGCCAGUCAGUGCCGCCUAACAGUGCAAUAUAUCAGUGCCAUGUAUCAGUGCCAUGUAUCAGUGCUGCCUUUCAGUGCCCAUCA